CGCAUCCUGAAGAGCCGAUCACCGAGCUAGCGGGCCGAGCAGCAGAUCCGAAUUCGGUCGUCCGCCGCACGCCGCCUUAACGCCCGCCCGAUCGCCGGCCGUCGCCGCCCGCCAUGGGCCUGCUGGACCACCUCUGGGACGAGACCGUCGCCGGACCGACGCCGGACAGCGGCCUCGGGAAGCUCCGGAAGCACAACACCUUCAGCUCCCGAUCGAACUCCGGCAAGGAGACGGAGGCUUCGAAUGCGAGAUCCUACGGCGACGGCGCGUCUCAGGAAGCGGUGAAGAGGGUGACUCGGAGCAUCACGAUAGUGAGGCCGCCGGGAUACCAGUCCGGCUCGCCCCCGGUCUCUCCGGCCGGAUCGGCCACUCCGGGCUCUCCUUUUUCAGGACGCAGAGAGCCCUUUCGGUUCCGGAGAAGAUCUGCGUCGGACGCGUAUGAGCAGACAGGCGAAGUUGGACCAAAAGGCUCCCCUCCUGUUUAAGUCCACCGACAUAUGAUCUUUUGUCCUCGGGCCGACACGGCCAAUAUCUUAAGGGUGCCGAGCUCCUUGUAACAUGUUAAAAGGAUGUCCUUCUUAGGCGUGGAAGCUCUGGUGGAAACUAUGCGAUUGUCGCAUCGACUAGAGCUAGUCUUAGCUCGCGCGUUGCCGGUCCUAGACGUAGAAUAUUAGCCGUAAUGAAGGCAUAGUCGAGUGUGUGUGGUUUUGAGAGUCUGUAAACGUAGUCCCGUGUGUCGUUUGCUCCUUGUGAUGUCUGAUCAGCUCUAGUAAGAGCUUCUGUAUUUCCCUUCUCUGCAUUUACCACUAGAAUGUUCAAGUAUUUUCCUUGGCCACCAAUGUCUCAGUGGACCCUUCAUGUGCUACUUUCCAAGUUAAAACUAAAAACUAGGGGUGCUAGAAUCA